AUGAAGGGCCUCCAGAUACCAGCGUUAGCUGCAGGCUUGCUGUAUAGCGCGCUGUUUUCCACUGUCGCGGCCCAAGGAGCGACUGCUAUACACGAGCCAGGUCGGUGUGCUAUUCGCGGUCACUGUGGAAAGAAGAGCAUAUUUGGCGGGGAGCUGCCCUGUCCCGACAAUGAUCUCGCGCGUGAGCCUGAUGUUACAGUCAGAGAGAAAUUGGUUUCGCUAUGUGGAAGUAAAUGGUCUGAAGGUCCUGUGUGCUGCGAAGAAGAACAGGUCGACGCGCUGAAAAAGAACUUGAAACUUGCAGAGGGAAUUAUCGCCUCGUGCCCCGCAUGUGUGAACAAUUUCUUCGACAUAUUUUGCACAUUUACAUGCUCUCCGGAUCAAUCGUUGUUUGUCAAUGUCACAGAAACCGAACCGAAGGGGAACAAACUCUUGGUGACCGAGCUGGAUAAUCUUUGGUCGGAAGAAUACCAGAGCGGCUUUUAUGAUAGCUGCAAGAAUGUCAAAAACGGUGCAUCUGGAGGCAAAGCAAUCGAUUUUAUUGGUGGAGGAGCAAAAAAUUACACACAGUUCAUGAAGUUUCUCGGUGAUAAGAAGCUGCUUGGUAGCCCUUUCCAGAUCAAUUACGAAACGGAGCCUCGAAAUCCAGACCCUCUCGGCAUGCAGGCGCUCCCAAUGAUUCCAAAAGCCUGCAAUGAUUCAGAUCCUGCCUAUCGAUGCUCGUGUGUUGAUUGUCCGUCAGUCUGCCCUACGUUGCCUGAGGUCCAGUCCCAAGCCUAUUGUCAUGUUGGACUUAUGCCUUGCUUAUCCUUUGCGGUUAUCCUAAUCUAUUCGGUAUUUCUAUCUCUUGUAGUACUGGUUUCGAGCUAUGUCACCUACCGAGAACGACGAUAUCGCAAACCUGAGCGGGUUAGGUUGCUGCAGGAUCCGGUGCCUAGUGAUGACGAGGACGACGGCGAGAUCGUCCGUGGCUCUGGAUACCUAGAGACUCCGCGAAAGCACUACGGAUUGAACAGUAUUUGCGAUAAGGCAUUCAGUCGACUUGGCGGUGUCUGUGCCCGCUUCCCUGCAAUUACGAUAUCUAUGAGUAUAAUCAUUGUUGGAUUGCUGAGCUUGGGUUGGCUGCAGUUUGCCGUAGAAACCGAUCCCGUUCGUCUUUGGGUUAGCCCUACAUCGGACGCAGCGCAAGAAAAGGAGUUCUUCGACAAAAAUUUUGGGCCGUUUUAUCGUGCUGAACAGGCUUUUCUUGUAAAUGACACAGGACCUGUUUUAAGCUAUGACACGUUGAGCUGGUGGUUUGAUGUCGAGAGCCGAGUCCGCCGGGUGGUUUCCUUGAAGCAAGGCUUGACCCUCGAUGACGUUUGCUUUAAACCGACAGGCGAUGCUUGUGUGGUCCAAUCCUUUACGGGAUACUUUGGAGGUUCUCUGACUGGUGUCACACCCAAAAAUUGGCGUAAAACACUGUCCCAUUGCGCUGAGUCUCCCGGUGAUGUCAGCUGUCUCCCCGACUUCCAGCAACCUCUUCAACCUACGAUGAUUCUCGGUGGAUAUGAAGAGACGAACGAUGUCCUGGACUCAAAGGCUAUUGUUGUUACAUGGGUGGUAAAUAAUUAUGCGCAGGGGACGGAAGGUGAAAGCAGAGCAAUGGACUGGGAAGCCAGCUUGCUCCAAGUCUUAGAAGUUGUCCACGAAGAAGCACGUGAACGCGGUCUGCGCCUAUCUUACAACACAGAGAGCAGUUUGGAAGAGGAGUUGAACAAAUCUAGCAACACCGAUGCCAAGAUCGUUGCUAUCAGUUAUGUCAUAAUGUUCUUAUAUGCUUCCAUCGCAUUGGGAUCUGGGGCGCUCACUUUGCGAGCACUGUUGACCAACCCAUCCAAUGCUCUGGUCCAGUCCAAAUUUACACUAGGAGUGGUCGGAAUUGUGAUUGUCCUGAUGUCAGUUUCUGCCUCUGUUGGAUUGUUCUCCGCAGCUGGCAUCAAAGUCACUCUGAUCAUUGCUGAAGUUAUUCCAUUCCUCGUCCUUGCCGUUGGCGUGGACAAUAUUUUCCUCAUUGUCCAUGAAUUCGAUCGUGUCAAUGUCAGCCACCCUGACGAGGAGAUUGAUGAACGUGUUGGUCGUGCGCUUGGUCGCAUUGGACCUAGUAUCCUUUUGUCGGCCAUUACUGAAACUGUGGCUUUUGCUAUGGGCAUAUUCGUCGGCAUGCCCGCGGUGAAAAACUUUGCUGCAUAUGCAGCCGGCGCUGUCUUUAUUAACGCUAUACUGCAAGUCACCAUGUUUAUCGCUGUCCUUGCCCUCAAUCAGAGACGAGUGGAGAGUCUUCGCGCUGACUGCUUUCCUUGUUUGACCGUUCGCCGAGCAACGUCGGCUGGCUUCCAGGACAGCGUUGCGUACGACGACAUGGCUGGCGAAAGUUGGCUGCAGAAGUUUAUUCGACGUAUCUACGCACCGGCUCUGUUAGAUCGAAGGGCAAAGGCCGCUGUUAUAGUGGUCUUUCUAGGCGUAUUUACCGCAGGCCUCGCCUUAAUACCUGAAGUUCAGCUGGGUCUCGACCAACGCAUAGCGCUUCCGAGAGAUUCAUAUCUUAUACAAUACUUCAAUGACCUUGACGAUUAUUUCCAAACUGGCCCUCCAGUGUACUUCGUCACACGCGGUGUCAACAUAACCGAGAGACCACAUCAGCAACAAGUUUGCGGUCGAUUCUCUACAUGCGAAGAAUAUUCGCUUUCGUUUGUAUUAGAACAAGAAGCAAAGCGCCCUAAUGUCUCAUAUAUAUCCGGGUCCACUGCCAGUUGGCUGGAUGAUUUCUUCUACUGGCUGAAUCCUCAGCAGGACUGCUGUAAAGAAAAUGGGAAUAUCUGUUUUGAGGAUCGCAGUCCUCCUUGGAACAUUACAUUAUCCGGGAUGCCUGAAGGACAAGAAUUCAUCCAUUAUGCUAAAAUGUGGAUUGGAUCACCUACUGAUGCGUCAUGUCCUCUCGGAGGCAAGGCUCCAUAUAGCAAUGCGCUUGUGAUUGACAGCGAACGUAUCACCACAAGUGCAAGCCAUUUCAGAACGAGCCACACUCCGCUGAAGAGUCAAGCCGAUUUCAUCAAUGCUCAAUUAUCUGCCCGACGGAUUUCUGAUUAUCUUUCCCAUGAGCACAACAUUGACAUCUUUCCUUACUCCAAAUUCUACAUUUUCUUUGACCAAUACGCUUCUAUCGUUCGUCUGACUGGAACUCUCCUUGGUGCUGCUAUUGGGAUUAUUUUCGUUGUGAGCUCAAUAUUAUUGGGUUCCCUUGCUACUGGUGCGGUCAUUGCCACCACCGUUGUUAUGAUAGUGGUGGAUAUCAUAGGAACCAUGGCAGUUGCAGGCGUAUCGCUCAAUGCGGUUUCUCUUGUCAAUUUAGUGAUCUGCGUGGGUAUAGGAGUCGAGUUUUGCGCGCAUAUUGCGCGGGCAUUUAUGUUCCCAUCUCGCAAUAUGCUUGACAGAAGCCCUAAGCUGCGCGGUAAGGACGCAAGAGCCUGGACCGCGCUCGUCAAUGUUGGCGGCAGCGUCUUCAGUGGCAUCACUGUUACAAAAUUACUGGGAGUCUGUGUCCUUGCAUUCACGCGCAGCAAAAUUUUUGAAAUAUACUAUUUCCGCGUUUGGCUGGCUUUGGUGAUCUUUGCCGCGUCGCAUGCCUUGAUCUUCCUGCCAGUUGCUUUGAGUUAUUUUGGCGGGGAAGGCUACCUGGAUCCUGAAUCAGACGGUGGGUUAGAAGAGAAUCUGGCUGCUCGCGGAUACCGGUCAUUGCUUUUGAAUGAUGACUAUGACUCGGAAGAGGAUGAUUAG